CUAGUGACAACCGUUCUCUUCCAGUCUGUUAAUUUUGAAUGUGGUGUUGUUGAAUUCUUGAUUCCAGGAACUGGAAGUGUGAAAAACAUAUUUGAGGGAGAACUUGGUGUGGUGGACUUUCAUCCAUUUAACAAGAGAUGCAUCCUGUAUGUCUUUGAAACUGACAAUGUGGUUGGUAACAACUACAAAAGAAACCUUGUUCGGUUUAGAAAUAUAAGUCUUCUUUUGGCCAACAGCAGCCUUCAGGACAUCGUGGUGGUGGAGAACACCCGGCUCAGUGAACAGUACUUUCCAGCCAUGCAGAAGUUUGUGGUGUGUAAGCUCGGUCUCAAACUGCUACCUGCUGCCAGCCAGCUGGAAGCCUCCCAGCUACUCACACGGAUAGUUCACGGAGCGAGUAAAGACAACCUGUUCCGCAGGAGGAGUGUGUCUCGGCUGCUGGACCCCCUGGUCAUGUCCCUGGUUCAGCAGAUCCCUGGGGUAGGGAAGGUCAAAGCCAUGGCCCUGCUCCAGCACUACUCCAUUAUCCACCAGCUGUGCAACGCAGGGACCCAUGAACUGGAGCCCAUCGUGGGCCACGCCUUGGCUCAGCACAUACGCAACUUCUUCCACAACCCAUUAGUCUGA